AUGGCUGCCUCUACCGACAACAAUCUCAAGGUAUUUCAUCGCUAUGCCAAGAUGUUGGCCCGCGACGACGUCGAGAUCUACACCUCUCAUGCCGACAAAUUGGCGCGUUGGCUUUGCGAUGAAAAAGCUUAUUACCCCGCUGCGAGGAAAGAGAUUUCUCAGCGGACGCUGCGUAAAGCUGUCACCGGCUCUGAGGAUUUAAGUUUACCCUUCAAUGUUUCCGCCUACCUCAGCCAUCCUCUAGUCGCGCCCUACGUCAGACUCGUCGGGGCGAUGAAACCCUUCCGCAACCAGUUUGUUGAGCCCUCGCACCAGGUUCAUAUUAUGCAACUCUUGAAUUCAAUCGCUCUUGGCCCUCUAUCUUCCUCCUAUUCUCCCGGAGUUGCCUCUGGCGUCGUAACUCAGCAACCACCCUCUCAUCUUGUACAACAGCCUCCCGCACCCACCGACAUUCCUGUCAAGGUAACAGAACCCGUCGCCGACACGAGCUCACGACCUCCCACAAAAAUUAAGGCCAAAAAAAAGAAACUAAUUGAUAUCGAUUCUUUGGUUGCUCACGAUAUAAAAGCCCUUCGUCAAAGGCAAGACAACCCACGACCGAUAAACGGUUUACCGCAAUUAUCAACUGCAUCACAAAUUGACCAGCGAGCCGUAGACCCAAACCUCCCAGCUGCCGUCGUCUCAGCACCUAGUACACUUUCGAACCUUUCGGACACGAGCUUUCGAGGACAUAGCCGUGAGGGGGAUAGCACAAGUAAGGAAGAUUUUCAGAAUGGUACUGGCCUAAAAUCUAAGUUUGUUUUGGCCGAAUCAGAUAGAGACGUCAAGUCUCUGGAUGUUACAGCAGCAGUUGAUGGCCAUGUAUCAAAGGACUACACGAACGAGGAUCAGGAUCAAUCUCUGCAAGUGGAUAGCAGCCCCGCAGGUGACCCAAUGUCCGUGGAUGGCUCGUCUGAAAUGACGGCUAUGUCAUUCGUAAAUCCAACUAACGAUAACGAAGUGCGAGACGAACACCUACAGGCUGAAGCGAGACCUGCUCUUGAUUCUCUUCCGCCAGCAUCUGAGCCCGAGGUUGGCCAGCGGCGAACAGAAUCUAUCGAUCGCGUUCUUCCGAUUAACUAUAGCGACAAGGACGAAGAGAUGCAAGAUAUUAACCAAGGAACAUUUCAUGUCGCCUCCGGCCAGAUUGAUCUAACCAGAACCCCGCCAAUAGACAUUUCAGACCCUACUCAACUCCCCCAUCCAUCAAGACCUGCUCUUGAUUCUCUUCCGCCAGCAUCUGAGCCCGAGGUUGGCCAGCGGCGAACAGAAUCUAUUGAUCACGUUCUUCCGAUUAACUAUAGCGACAAGGACGAAGAGAUGCAAGAUAUUGACCACCAAGGAACAUUACAUGCCACCUCCGGCCAGAUUGAUCUAACCAGAACCCCGCCAAUAGACAUUUCAGACCCUACUCAACUCCCCCAUCCAUCAAGUGCACGUCACAUUCCUGUCGAACAAUCAACUGCAUCCCUCAAUUUAAUCGGUGACGUUAACGUGGUUGCUGAUGUCACUUUGCUCCAAUCCCGACCAAAAAAUGCACCACCGAUCGAUUCCCCCGAGUCAGCAAGUGACGUUCAAGCUGGUGUUUUCGGGGAUGAAAUGCGUGUCGUUGCAAGGCAAAAAGGCCUGUCCUCGAAGAGUAGGAUAUCGGUCGAAUUUGAAAUUCCGGAAGGACAGUAUGCGAUCUUGAUGCAGUGGGUUAACCGAAAGCACGCCUCGUUCGGCCUACAAAAUAGUUUAUGCCUAUCGUUAGGGUGUUAUUCGGCGGUUGAGUUGUCGCAGGCUGCGGGUGCUGCGGUGUCUUCAUUCGAGGAACAGAUAUAUUCUUUACGCUCUUCGUGGCCUACCCAUGGCAGCCUUAGCAUGCAUGUCAGUGUUAACGACGAUAAGAUCGAUUUACCCCUAUCACCUCCAUUUCUAACUACCCCCGAUGGCCUUGUAGACGUGUCCCAGUUCUUGUCUGUGGGGAGGAAUAUUUUGGAGCUCCACCAACGUCAAGAUCUUAGUGACUUUAUAUUCGUUCUUCAUGCUCAUCAUCCUACCCCACGACAACUGGAACAAAUAGCUCAGAUACAAAAAAAGGAUAAUGAAUGGCGGAAUUGGCUUCAACAGGUGUGUGUGGCAAUCGAUGUGCCCGUCGUUCCGGCAUAAUUCUUGACUCCUCUGUAUGACGACUAAACGAGAUAUAUAUAUUAAAUCAAGUACCCAAAAUAAUAUUUGGUGGUUAGCGCAAGGAAAUUUCAAAGGACGGUGAAGUUUCAAAACAGGAUCAUGUUAGAAAAACGAGGAAUCAAUUUAUUGCCCAAGGAGGCUGUUGAGUGCCUUUUGCACAUCAUAGCCAUAUUUCUCCAAAGCGACGACAGCUUGACUUCGAGUGAAACCCAUCGCAGUCAAUUGUUUCACAGGCUCGACGUCAUCGUCCACAGCUGGGG